CAGUUUCCAGGAGUUCGUGUCUGAAAACACCUUGAAAGGAACGAUUCCACUUUGUUUGAUUGACAGAUUGACAGCACUCUCAGCGAGGACACGUGUCGUUAGUGUCUGUCUCAGGUUUUGUUUUGUCUCGGCAGGUAAACCUCGACCCGUCUCCAUGCCGGCGGAGGCGUUCUCGGGCGUGUCCUACAGACCUGGAGCUCAGGGAAGGAAGGGUCAGGACAUCCUCCACAGAUAUCUGAGUAACGAGGGGAUCAGCACCAUCACGGAGGAGGAGCCGUGUUUCCCGCUGCCGUACCGGGGACACCCGUCUGUCCGGGGCGUCGACCACAUCAGAGGCAGCCAGUGCUUCAUCAACACAAACCUGCACAACAGCGCCACCAUCCCCUACCAGGAGGCGGCAUCCAAGAAGUCCUCCUCCUCCUCCACGCCCGCUGCCGUGUCUCCUCCUCAGGCUGUGACCAAGCAGUCGACGUCGCUGCUCGGAGGCUGGCUGGCUCGUCUCAGGCUGCUCAGCCCCUGACGCAGGAGAAACCGGAUUAAAAUCUUAUCACAGACAAAUUCUCCUCCUCCUGCAGGAGCUCGUGUCUCCGGAGAAACCUUUUAGCUCGUCUACACUGUCACUUCUCUCAGCUGAAGACCUUCGGCGGCCGUCAACUCUUUGUGGAACGAAUCAAAGAUUUUAUGACGGAAGAAGUUUGAAAAAGAAAAUCAACGAAAAAAGAAAAGACGAAAAAACCUGCAACAUCAAAGUCACUCUGGUCAAAGGUCGUUGUCAGGAUUUUUCAUGUCGUACUGGAGAGUCUGGUCACUGGUUAUCAGUUCUACUUAAAUAAUCAGUAAUAGAAAAUAUGGAACCUGUUUACUUUGGUUUUCUACUUUUAAAGGCUCUAAACAAUCGUGGAAACCUGUGUUGUGUUGACGUCUCACAACACAACACUCGCGUCGGCGACAGACGACAGUAAAAACAGAUUUUCAAUCUGAUGCUUUAAAGUAGAAACUGAGAGAUUUGAAGUUGAUCUGCUGGAUGGAGACAGUCGUGGUCCCCAGAGGAAGAUUCAGACUCCUCCUCCUCCAUCAUCUUGAAAUGUCUGGAGAACUCAUGACACCUUCAUCCUUCAUCUAAUAUUGUGACCAAAGAAAACAUUCCCAUCAGAGCCACUUCGUCUAGAAACAGCCUCACAGAGCUUCUUCUGUUUCAAAGGUUAAAUCAAUAAUUCUUUCAUUAUUAGAAUUCUAAUUGAACCUUAAAGACGAGAGUUUGAAUUCAUCACCUGCUGCCGUCUGUGCUCGUUUCUAACAAACUGGACCAUUCGUCUCUUUCAGUGAAUUCAGCUGCUGAAACCUCGACGUCUUUUAUUCACUUUACAAUCCAGCUCAUCAAACAAGAUGCUUCUGCUUCAAGUUCAAGAGUAUUUGUAGUUUAAAAAUGAUGAAGCAUCUAAACACCCGAGCACAUUUUCCUUUUCAUCUCAGGAGCCGUUAGUGCCUCUCUCUCUCUCUCAUAAGCUUUUUAUUUGUUGUAAAUAAGCUUUUAGUUUUUAUUGUAUCUCUGCCAACUUCAGUCAUAUCUGAUUUUUUUAUAUAUAUAUAUGAAAAAAGUGCUCUUCAGAGUAUAUCAACUUAUGAUGGGGUAAAAGAGCUAUACACUUAUUUAAAAUAUGUACUAACACUCAAACCGAACAUAGGAAAUAAAAGCAUUAACAAAAGUUUUUUCAAGCUUUUACGACAUGUUAUAUAUUUUAAGAAAAAUAGGUCAUCCAGUUAUUUUCCAUUAAAACUGUCUCCCUGUAACAAUACGUAGAUUAAAAAUGUCCGCAUGUUUCAUAAACUGUCAUCAAAAGGAGUCAAAUCUCAGUAUUUCACUGGUCACAGCAAAGACGAAUAGAAUAAGUUAUCGUCCGUGUAUACGUUGAUUCUGGUCAAGGGGAAGCUGCGUAGAAUUUCAGGUCAAACGAACAGAUAUUUAGUAUUUUAGCUUUUACAGAAAAAACAUGAGUUGUUCCUGAAGAAUCUUUGAAGAACUCCUGUGACGGAGUUCCUCAGGGAGGAGUCAUGGAUCCCCUGAUGUUUUAAAUCUGAGAUGUUUCCUCAGAUCUUUUACUUUGUUAAAAAUGUUUCUGGUUCGUGUCUUUGCACCAACAAAACAUUAUUCAGGUGCCAUGAAGCUCGAUGAUCAGAGUGUUGAUAUCACAACCUGGUGUCUUCUCCUUCUGGAUAUCAAAUCUGGAAAAACACAUUUCAUAACAGUUGAAUUUCGAUGUUUGGUUUCUGAAAAAAAUAUUUUGGUCAAAAUGGAGAAAAUUCAGAUUUUCAUCUUACAAAUAAAAAGUUGAAGGGAUCGUGGUAAAUGCGGUGCUGUGUGCCAACGACCUGGAAGUACCACUUAUGGCCACAGUGGCUGCUGUUGAGUUAAAGUUACAUUGUGUCACUUUCAGGUGAAAAUCAAUCUUGUUAAUUGUUCACGAACAUUCGAAUCUAUUUUCCUUUUUGUAUGAGUCAUUGUGUUCAACUCUUUUAUUCUGAAAUGUUACAGUGAUCUGCAGUACAACAACUCUGUCAAGCUAUCAAAAUAAAGUUCAGUUUGUUUUUAAAUCUUCUGCUGUUCAACUCUGGAGAACUGGAACAAACAAACAAACACGGAACUCAAAUUCUAAUAGAUUCCAAUAAUUAACAUAAAAGUUACAAAAUCAUUUUUAAAUAAACACACAUUCCCUCUGUUAAUAAAUAAGAACAUGUCUUAUUUAACU